AUGUUCGUCUUGCUGUCUCUACUAAUAGCGAGCGUUUACAGUCUUUACUUCGACGAGACGGACAGAAUGUAUGUGAAAUCGUUCUAUGGGAAGAACUUCUCGGUUGAUGAAAGCUAUCCAAUCAUGACUAAAGAUUCCUUUUACGCAAAGGUCAACUGGAAGUACCCACAGCCAGAACACAAUGCUUCACAAGUCUAUCCAGACAAGAUAUGGAUGGCACUGAUACACACCGUACCAUCGAAGAUGGACCAUGUCAACAAGACACGUGAAACGUGGUGUAAAAAGGAUCAUCAAAAGAAAUUUGGGUACAAGUGUGCCUUCAUCAUGGUCAAGUCCACUGUGGAGCAGAGCGGGAAGAUGGACGAAAUAAUACGACAAAAUAACACUUUUGGAGACAUCUACUUCAUUGACAUGCCCGAACUGAAAGAGAGUUGGUUUACAUUACAACUCAAGAACAUAAACGCUUAUUUGAUGGCGUUGGAUGUCUUCAAAGGUUACAACUUCUACACCCGAAUUGAUGAUCAAGUUAUGGUAACACCGGACUUAUUGUCAGAUUUCUUGAUGUCGAUUGAACCAAAAAGAACGUCGAUUGGAGUGUUCUUGAAUCAUUCUCCAUUCAGAGAUCCCAAGCACAAGUACUUCGACAGACUUGCUGUGAAUAUCCCAAAGUACUUCUACUUCCCACUUGGCUUCUUCUCUAUGUUCUCAAGAGACAUAGUUGAGUUUAUGGGAACUUGGGAACAUUACCACUGCUUUGCGCCGUCGUCUUUGGAGGACCCCGGCUUCGGGCAUUGGCUUUACAAAUUUGCUAUUGAAAGUAAGAAAAAAGUCAGACUUUACACACCAGAGAAAUUUGGGGGGAACAUGUAUUGGGAUUGGCAGGUUUAUGGAGACUACAUGGUUUUCCACGAUUUGAAGACCAAGCUGAACGUCUCUAUGAUUUAUCAAAGAAGAUUGGAUGAAGGGCAUUUCAACUAA